AGGAGCGGGAGGAGCUCUGCCGAACGCGGAACUUCGGGUUUCCUAACGCGCAGGAGAAUCAGCCGUUUUGAGGAAGAGCAGGAUGGAUGGAGGGUGGUAAGGCAAAUGGUUAUGAGCCUUCGAGUUUCGGAGCUGCAGGUGCUGCUGGGCUACGCGGGCAGGAACAAGCACGGCCGCAAACACGAACUGCUGACCAAAGCCCUGCACCUGCUCAAGGCUGGCUGCAGCCCCGCCGUCCAGAUGAAAAUCAAAGAACUCUAUAGGAGAAGGUUCCCCCAGAAAAUCAUGACCCCAGCAGACCUGUCCAUCCCCAGCGUGCACUCGAGCUCCAUGCCGGCCACGCUGUCGCCUUCCACCAUUCCACAGCUGGGCUACGACGGCCACCCCGCCACGUCCCCCCUGCUCCCCGUGUCACUGCUGGGACCCAAACACGAACUGGAACUGCCCCACCUCACCUCGGCCCUGCACCCCGUGCACCCCGACAUCAAGCUGCAGAAACUCCCCUUUUACGACUUGUUGGAUGAGCUGAUCAAACCGACCAGCCUAGCCUCAGAUAACAGCCAGAGGUUUCGAGAAACCUGCUUUGCCUUCGCGCUGACGCCGCAGCAAGUGCAGCAGAUCAGCAGCUCCAUGGAUAUUUCUGGGACCAAAUGUGACUUCACAGUACAGGUCCAGCUAAGGUUUUGUUUAUCAGAAACCAGUUGUCCACAAGAAGAUCACUUCCCACCCAAUCUGUGUGUGAAAGUCAAUGGGAAACCAUGCAGCCUUCCAGGCUACCUGCCACCAACCAAAAACGGUGUUGAACCAAAGCGCCCCAGCCGACCAAUCAACAUUACCUCACUCGUCCGCCUGUCCACCACGGUCCCCAACACCAUCGUUGUGUCCUGGACUGCAGAGAUUGGCAGGAACUAUUCCAUGGCAGUGUACCUGGUGAAGCAGCUCUCCUCCACGGUGCUCCUGCAGCGGUUGCGGGCCAAGGGAAUCCGGAACCCGGAUCACUCCAGAGCACUGAUUAAAGAGAAGCUAACUGCUGAUCCAGACAGUGAAAUAGCAACAACCAGCCUAAGAGUGUCUCUGCUUUGUCCACUUGGCAAGAUGCGCCUGACCAUCCCCUGCAGGGCCCUGACCUGCUCCCACCUGCAGUGUUUUGAUGCCACUCUCUAUAUCCAAAUGAACGAGAAGAAACCCACCUGGGUGUGCCCUGUGUGUGACAAGAAAGCUCCUUACGAGCAUCUCAUCAUUGAUGGGCUGUUCAUGGAAAUCCUGAAGUUCUGUACAGAUUGUGAUGAAAUCCAGUUCAAGGAGGAUGGGUCCUGGGCUCCCAUGAGGUCCAAGAAGGAAGUGCAGGAGGUGACCGCAUCCUACAACGGAGUGGAUGGAUGUAUCAGCUCCUCCUUGGAACACCAGGUGUCCUCUCACCAACAAUCCAACAAAAAUAAGAAGGUGGAAGUGAUCGACCUGACCAUCGACAGCUCCUCAGACGAGGAGGAGGAGGAGCCCUCGGCCAAGAGGAGCUGUCCCUCCAUAUCCCCAGCAUCACCCAUGAACAACAAGGGCAUUUUAAAUUUACCCCACCAAGCUUCUCCUGUGUCAAGAACCCCAAGCCUUCCUGCUGUGGACACCAGCUACAUCAACACAUCACUCAUCCAGGACUACAGGCAUCCAUUCCAUAUGACACCCAUGCCUUAUGACCUGCAGGGUUUAGAUUUCUUCCCUUUCCUGUCAGGUGACAAUCAGCAUUACAACACCUCUCUCCUUGCCGCCGCCGCCGCCGCAGUCUCGGCCUCGGACGAUCAGGAACUUUUGCACUCCCGGUUUUUCCCUUACACCUCGUCCCAAAUGUUCCUGGAUCAGCUGAACGCAGGGGGCAGCAGCUCCCUGCCAGCCACCAAUGGCAGCAGCAGUGGCAGCAACAGCAGCCUGGUCUCCUCCAACAGCCUGCGGGACAACCACGGGCACCCCGUGGCCAGCAGGAGCAGCACGGACACGGCCUCAAUCUUUGGUAUCAUACCAGAUAUUAUCUCCUUGGACUGAUUUAUUUCUAUUUU